CAACAGCCUGAAUAAACAUAACACAUGUAAACCAAAUCAAACGCCUCUUAUUAAUGUCCUCUUUGCCCGUUCAUUGUUCAGAUACACAUUUCACCGCGCGUGCGAUUUCGGUAUUCGGUAUUUUCUGUUGAACGUGUAUAAAGAAAGAACCUGUGUUUGGCAUGGCCAUACGAUGACUUGCCUCACGGUUUUAUUUCUUACUGCGAUUUUUUGUUCAAGCCAUCAACAGGUAACAUCAAUGGAGUCUUUAAGAGUGAUUACAAAAAGCAGUAGGUUUUUUUUUACGGUGCCUCUGAAUUUUGUGUGAAGAUUUAUUUUGUCAAAGAUUUCCUAUGUUAUAUACGGUGUUUUUAUGUCCAGUACCUUCUCAUCAAAAGUUCAGUUACUAAACCCUAAUUAAAAGAGCUUUGUUUUGUUAUUUUUUGGCUCGUUUCAAUGAUGAUUUCCUUCACCAAAAUCCGAUCAACGGUGGAAAACUCAACCUAUCGAACAUUAUAGGGAUUAUCGGAUUGAUAGCUCUUUCUUUAUUUGAAGAAUAUUGCUGCAUGGCCGAUCGUAGUCGGAGUAGCAAUUUGUCUGGAGAAUUCCGUUAACAAACUGGACUCUAUAGUUGCUAAGUAUUUCUUCGAUCCUUGACAAGUCCAAGCUAACUUAUUAGAAAGACGAGAAGCAUUCAGUAACACGAGACUGAGCAUUAAAAGGUCUGUAAUCUCCCAUCACAGUCCUAACUACAAAAUAUGUCUGCUUUACAAAUGGCCACAUCUCAUGUCUCAUUGCCAAAGGCAAAAAGACCCAACUGCUUGUAAGUAUUGCCAAAAGGCUUAAACAAGAACCCGACAGAAAAACAGAUUCUUUGCCGGACAGUUAAACAAAAGCUAACCCUUGAUAAAAGUACCAGCCACCACUAGUACUCAUUCCUUCCAGUUGUGUCAACUGGGGGACUUUCUUCCCUUAUUCGGGCAACGAACCGCUUGCCUCUCAAUCCGGACGCCAGCACUCUAACGACUCGACUAUUCGCUUCCCCUCGAUACAACGUACACAUUCACACACACACACAAGUGAAAUACAUAUCUUGACCCUUCAAUGAUGCGAUUACCCUACAUUAGUCAUAAGUUUUGUUUCCGCUUGAAACUUCCUCCUUUAUUUAAGAAAACAAAGUCCACAGUGCUUGCAAUUACGGACAUUCUACUUAAAAGCAGGCUAAAUGAACUCGGAAAGAGAAACUUUUGGUGUUCUCUCUGAUUUAUAUCUAGAAUGCUGAAACGUUGUGCACAGUUUAAUAUCUGCUUUUUCAAAAAAGAAACCAUUGAUGGUUCCUGGAUUUUUGUUACUGAAACGUACGCCCGUCAUGAGGUUCUUGGUACCUUUUAUUCAUUUAACAGUUGUUCUUCUUAUUCAAGGCUCAGGUGCUCAACUGCAAGUACAACUAGUGAAUGGAACAUCAACUUGGAAUGGCCGUUUAGAAAUAUUACACAACGGAACAUGGACCACAGUGUGUAGCCAUUAUUUUGGAAAAGAAGAGGCACAAGUAGCCUGCAAAAUGUUUGGUUUAGACAGUUCGCGGGCCAUGGCUGUGGGGUCAGGUCAGUACGGCGAAGGUUCAGGUCUGAUCCUCUUUGGCAACGUCACGUGCACAGGGAAGGAGUCGAGUUUUGAUGAGUGUCAACAUGAUGGAUUUUACAGGCGUGACUGCAGACACAGUGAUGAUGUCGGUAUCAUCUGUAGUAUCAAACCAUUACGACUUCGCUUGACGAGUGUUUUUGGAGACCAACCAGACAUAAACCGUGUGGAGAUGGAACUCGGAACCCAGUGGAACUCACUUUGCAUGACUCGCAAUGCUGCCAAGGUUGUAUGUAGAAAGCUCGGCUUGUCACAGCAUGCUGCAUUGUAUACGAAUGUAUCAAUGCAGAAGGAAAUUUUAUCUGAAAAUAACAAGCACUCUGAACUGGAUAUGAAGUUUAUCUGCCUUGGGAAUGAGACAAGCCUUUUGGAGUGCGACCAUUAUGGACAGAACAAAGAUGUUGUUUGCGGAUUUUAUAACAGCGUCAACUGUAAUGAGUCAAUACCUCAUCUUCGUAUCCUGUAUAACGAGACUUCAUUCCCGCUGUUUGAUGGAGCAAAUUUAACUCUAGAAUGUGAGAUCACACAGUCCGGGGAAUUAGAAUUUACAUACCUGUGGUUUGAGUAUUCAAGGAAACGUCUUCAGAGCCAGUAUGGAAAAUACCUAAUAUUUAAUAAUGUGACUAAAAACCACCAUGAACUUCGAGUGUACUGUGCAGCCAACUAUGGGUACAAUGGUCUCGAUUACCUUGUCGCAAGUGACGUCAUGGUAAUUACGGUUUGCUGUGCCCCGUCGACAAUCAUGCAUAACACAGAACCGACCUCUGUGUCUAUCCAUGACGACAAAGGUUAUCUGACGAUUGCAAUGACAGCCUAUCCCAUCCCUCAAGUGACAGCCACGAUGUACCUUGGUCCAGUUCUGACUGAUGGUAUCAAAGGUGAAGAUACAAGCAACACGACACAUGUAGUAUGUGCUGAUGACGGUCUGGCACGUGCAUCAGUGUCGUGUAACAUCACUGUCUUCAACGUAUCACAUGCUGCUGAUGGUUUCUACAAAAUCGUUUUCGACAACAAACUUGGGCAGCUGCCUUUUGUAUUCACAAUAAGGCGUCAAGAGCGCAGAGGAGAAAUACCAUCGGCAUUUCUGUUGAUUUUUGUCGGCGCAUUUGCUGUUGGCAUUGUUAUCUUCGCUUCUGUAACAGUCUACUGUGUCAAGCGUUGGAAACGUAAGUUAAUUAGGCUCGUGGCUUGAUUACAAUGUCUGUGUUGUCAUUUAACAAUAAAUUCAAAAAGUUACUGGCUUUUUUAAACUCAGUUUUUUUAAUGGAUCACAAGCGAAACAGGAAAAAUAAAAGUCCUGUUUAGUUUAAUUGUCUUUGAAGGCAUUUUUGGCCAAUACUCGGUUGAUUGAUGUGGAUCAGCAGCAGCAACUUCUAUGUACAGAAGGUAAUACACUUGUUGCUCAAAGGAUUGUAGCAUCUAUACAGACUGUGGCAUUUUUUAAACCAGUUUGGGUAAGUCAUUAUUACUUCUUCCUCGUUUAAACUGUUUGAUUUGACAGCUAUAUCUAACUUUUUGUGCAUGUUCCAGUUAACAACCGUUUACUUCUCGUAUAUUUAUCCAGAAAUACUUUUGCAGCCUAAAUACUUUUUAAUUUUCAUAUAAUAUAUAUAUUUAUGCAAACACACACACACACACACACAAAAGCUAAUGCAUGCCUAUAGACUCCCUAUG